UUUUAAACAUCCAAAUUAAAUGGGAUUGCACGGAUUGGAACGCAUUGGUCGCGAGGGUGACGAGCUGGGACACGCUUGAAAGUACUGUAGUAGGCAUGUGACGUCCAUCCUUGAAUGGCCUCGUCAAUUGUCCUCGUCAAUUGUCCUCGUCCAAUGUCCAUUGCGAGGCUUCUUGAUUCAUGCUACCUGAUACCAUCAAUACGUACAACCUCCAAUCGACGAUGCAGCAAAGGGCUCUCUGGAUCCCUCCAGACUUUGUUGCUACACAUCGGCAAGAUUGGUUGUUGUUUGGCUGACAGGCGGUUCUCGAUUUUGUUGCUCUCUGACGCAGCACGUUUGGUCGACAGCCGCAGGUUGAAAGGUGCGACAAGCGCCUUCAACCGCGUGCAGCGAUCGAAACCGAAGGACCAGCUGGGUUCGAAGCACCGGCGCGUGAUACACUGUGUAGCUGCGCGUGAAAACAACGCGGGAGUCGUUGGCCAGUGCACCGACCCGAUGGAUGAUUCACGUGGCAGUGCGGCUUCGAUUCAGGAGUGAGGGCAGCUUGCACAGCAUCGCGUGCGGUCGUCGGACCAAGUGGCGGCGUGCGUCCCGUGGCAAUGACGCGCCUCGGGGCGUGCUGGCAUUUGUUGAAA